AUGUUGAGUGAAGGUGUGGUCAUUGUCAUUGUUCUUGUCGUUCUUGCUCUUAAGAUAAGUAUCAUUGUUUGUGCAUGGAAACGUCAUUGCAAAGAAUCAUCUGACGCGAACGCCGAGCUAUUUUAUAAUGACUCACGUUUUAUUUCCCUUUCCACGGUCAAGUUCUUGGAUGAUAUGGAAAGGGAAAAGCCCAUUCGGUUUACCUCAAAACAGUUAAGGACAGCCACAGAUAACUUGUCCGUCGUAGUGGGUUCAGGUGGGUUUGGGACUGUUUACAAGGGAACCUUCAUCAAUGGAACUCCUAUAGCUGUUAAAGUGCUUAAUGGUUCCUCAGACAAGACAAUUAAGGAACAAUUUAUGGCGGAAGUGAGCAACAUGGGAAGAACAAAUCACUUUAAUCUAGUUAGGAUCUACGGCUUUUGUUUUGAGUCAAGUUUAAGAGCUCUUGUAUACGAGUUCAUGCCUAACGGAUCUUUGUAUAACCAUUUGUUUAAUGGAAAAAAAAGCGCGAUUAUAGGGUUUGAGAAGUUGUAUGAGAUUGUCGUUGGGACUGCAAGAGGCAUUGCAUACUUGCAUGAAGAGUCUCCUCAGAGAAUAGUUCACUAUGAUAUUAAACCAAGCAACAUAUUGUUGGAUUCAAGGUUUUGUGCAAAAGUAGCUGAUUUUGGUUUAGCAAAACUUUGCGACAGGGAUAACACUAGUAUAACCAUGACUGGAGGAAGCGGUACUCCAGGCUAUGCUGCACCGGAACUUUCAUUGCCUUUUCCAGUUACACACAAAUGUGAUGUAUAUAGUUUCGGCAUGCUACUAUUUGAGAUCAUCGGGAGGCGGAGGAAUUACAUAGACGUGACACUUGGUGAUAGUCAACAGUGGUUCCCGUUAUGGGCGUGGAACAAAUAUGAAAAGAAACAACUGAAGGAUCUAACGAUCGUUUGUGAAAUUGAGGAUAAGGACCAAGAAGCAGCGGAGAGGAUGCUAAAGGUAGCUCUUUGUUGUGUUCGAUAUAAGCCCGAGACUAGGCCAAAGAUGAGUAUAAUUGUGAAAAUGUUGGAAGGCGCAUUAAAGGUUCCAGAGCCUGCUCUAAAUCUGUUUUCGUAUCUGUUCUCUGGGGCUAAUGAACCUAAUGAUUCUUUGGCCCGAAUUGCAUGGAAUGGUGGUGGAUCGAGCUGGUCUCCGUCUGAAGUGGUCACAAAGUCUACUGUUGUCACGGGGACGCCUCUCAUGCGGAGAUAUGAGAUCACAAUCGCGUCUGACUAA